AUGAUGGAUUGCAGUGACCCCAGAGAUUGCCCCAGAGACCUGCAAAAGAAUGCAGCUCUGAAAUUGGGGUGCAUUAAUGCUGAGUAUCCUGAUUCCUUCAGCCAUUAUAGAGAGGCUAAAUUCUCCCAAACCAAACAUCAUUGGUGGUGGAAGCUGCAUUCUGUAUGGGAGAGAGUCAAAAUUCUUCAGGAUUAUUCUGGUCUUAUACUUUUCUUGGAAGAGGAUCACUACUUGGUCCCAGACUUUUACCAUGUCUUCAAAAAGAUGUGGAAAUUGAAGCAGCAAAAGUGUCCUGAGUGUGAUGUUCUCUCCCUGGGGACCUAUACUGCCAGUUGCAGUUUCAAUAGCAUUGCUGACAAGGUAGACGUGAAAACUUGGAAAUCCACAGAGUACAAUAUGGGUCUAGCAUUGUCCUUGAAUGCCUAUCAGGAUCUGAUCAAGUGCACAGACACUUUCUGUACUUACGAUGAUUAUAACUGGGAUUGGACUCUUCAGUAUUUGACUGUAUCUUGUCUUCCAACAUUCUGGAAAGUGCUGGUUCCUCAAGUUCCUAGGAUUUUUCAUGCUGGAGACUGUGGUAUGCAUCACAAGAAAAUUUGUAGACCAUCCACGCAGAGUGCCCAAAUUGGGUCAUUCUUAAAUAACAACAAACAGUAUAUGUUCCCAGAAACUCUAACUAUCAGUGAUAAGUUUCCUGUGGCAGCCAUUUCCCCACCUAGGAAAAAUGGAGGGUGGGGAAAUAUUAGGGACCAUGAACUCUGUAAAAGUUAUAGAAGACUGCAGUGCAAAUCACAAUUAUAAAAGCAAAAUGACAGUCUUCUAUUUUUGAUAUUUGUCUAAACAGGAUAUAUAAUUGAAUAAAAGAGUGUAGGAACUGGAAAAAAAAAGAAAAUGAUGAAUUUCAGGCAUAAUUUAUCAACUGUCAUUAAUUUGUCCAUAGGUCAGAAAAAGAGAGAACCAUA